AUGAAGCGGUGCUGUUUGUGUUGUUCGCGUGAAUCUUUUGAUGACGGCGAAGAGAUACCGAAUGGAGGUCAUGAGGUAUUGGCGGUUAAAGGGGGCACAACAAACAAGAUGAUGGCGUCAGCGAUGGGUAUAACAAAGGGAGAGCGAAAAUGGGAAUUAUACGAUGAUGCACAAAGACGGUGUAACGAAUCACAAGGGAAAGAAAAUCAUGAAAAAAGGAGAAAAUGGAUUAGUCAGAUUGAAAAUUUUGCGGAAGAUAGCGAAUGA